AUGACAAGAGAAUUUCUUCCCAACACUAAUGCUCACUUGAUGAAUUGCUGGGAGUUGGAUCGAGAAGCUCUCAUUGCCUUCAAGAAUGGUCUUAAUGAUCCUGCAAACCGGCUUUCUUCAUGGAAGGGAAGCAACUUUGAUCUCCGUGAUCCACAUCAAGAUGGAUUUCAGUUUUUUGGCAGUGGUGCAAUUCCUCAAACUUUUGGGAACCUUUCUAGCUUGCAGUAUCUUGAUCUUGAUAAUAGUCUGACUUUGGAAUGGCAGUUGGGUUUAUAUGUUGAUAAUCUUGAUUGGGUAACAGGUCUUGUUUCUCUUAAGCAUCUUGACAUGGAUGCAGUUGAUCUUUCAAAUGUAGGAUCACAUUGGAUUAUGAAACUAAAUAAGCUCUCAUCCUUAACUGAGUUGCAUCUAUCUGAUUGUAGCUUAUCUGGUCCCAUUCCUCCUCUUACCUUUGUAAAUUUAACUUCACUUGUUGUCCUAGAUCUUAUGUCUAAUGAAUUGAAUUCAAAAAUACCUGAUUGGCUUUUUUUAUAUCUUGGUCACAACGAUCUUACAGCAAGUUGCCAUCAAUUGUUGGGGGGUAGAUGGGAAAAGAUACAAGAACUUGACUUAGAAUCCAUUAGCCUGCAUGGGAAACUUCCUGCUUCCACUGGAAACAUGACAUUUCUCACUUUCUUGAAUCUUUUUUCCAAUAAUGUUAAAGGUGGGAUUCCAAGCUUUAUUGGUAAACUCUUCAACCUUGUCUAUUUUGAUAUAGGAAAAAAUAACUUGACAGGAACUUUGCCAGAAUUCCUUGAAGGAAUUGAAAAUUGCCUUUCUAGGAGGCCACUGCCUAGUCUGCAGGUGUUGCACUUGCCAAACAAUCAUUUGGUUGGUAAAUCACCGGAGUGCCUGACUCAGCUUGCGAAUCUCGUUGAGCUUGAUUUGUCCUCCGGUAACUCUCUAUGCGGUCCCAUCCCAGCUUCUUUUGGAAUAUUGCAGCAAAAUGUUACCUAUCUGAACCUAAACGAGGAUGAACUAAAUGGGACCCUCCCAGAAAGUUUGGGACAACUCUCUAAGUUGUCUUUCCUUGAUGUUUCUUCCAACCGUUUGACAGGCAUAGUUACUGAAACACAUUUUUUAAAUCUUGAAAAGCUACGUGUUUUAGAUUUGUCUUCAAACUCUUUUACCUUGGCUGUCAAUUCCAAUUGGGUUCCCCCUUUCCAAGUUGAGACUCUUCAUAUGGAUUCAUGCCACAUGGGUCCUUCAUUUCCUGCUUGGCUUAAGUCACAAAAAAGACUCACAGAUUUGAAUUUGUCAAAUACAAGUAUUUCUGGUUCCAUACCGCAUUGGUUUUGGGAACAUUUUCUUAACCUAUCCACAUUGAAUGUUUCCAAUAAUCAUCUAGAAGGUCAUUUACGAAGUCAUUUAAACUAUGCUCCAACAUUAGACAUUGGUACCGUUGCAAGUUUUGAUUUAAGCUCAAACAACUUCAGUGGAGCCAGUCCUAUUUUGAGUGGCAACUUUUGGAUCAUUGAUCUGUCAAAAAAUAAAUUUUCCAGUACUACUCCAAAUGACAUUUCAUUCAGUAAUUAUUUGAAAUUCCUAUUUAUUUCUGACAACCAGAUAAGUGGAGAAAUCCCACCUUCUAUAGGUAAAAAUUACUGGUAUUUAAGCUAUUGA